AAGUUCGAAGCCCUUCGACAAGCAACAAGUGACCAGUCAGUGCCCCCCGCUCGGGCUUUUGCAAGAUGCCAUGGCUUACAGGUCGUUGUCUUCCGCCCACCCACUGGCCUUUAGCUACGCAGGUGCAUCCUCGAGUGAAGGGCCCACAAUCUUGCUGGAACAAUCACCAGCAAGGUCCAAGGCACCUUCAGACGGUCCCUCGGAAUUCUCGUCUUGGCAUGAUGAUGCCUCAUCAUCCUUGGCACCUUCUGGGACUGCCAGAGAUGGCACAAUUACCGUCAACCCGUUGGUGAUGCGUAUGGGAGAGCACCUGAAAGGGAAGCUCCAGGGUAUGAUCCGACAACGCUUUGAGAACUAUUUGCACAUCAUCAAGACACUGCAGAAUGACAUCGGCAAGUUGGCAGCCUUGACAUGCGAACUGCGCAUGGCAGAUCGCCACAGGUCUUCAGCUGCAGCUGGUGCAGCAUCCAGCAUCAGGGUCUCUAUCUCCUGCAACGAGGAUGGUACCUUUGUGGUAUACGCUGUCCCCGAUGCUGCUGGAGUGUUGGGCUCUCAGUGCUCCAGCCCAGCUUCCAGUGAGGACAAGGCAUCUCAUUUGGAGCCCUCUGAACGCUCUUCCGAGGCCUUGCCAAGCCGUGAGGAUUCGAGGAUCGCAGAGCCCAGCGAUGUCAUGAGCCAGUGGGUGCACAAGGUUUGCGAAUUUGGCAUGAGUGGACGUUGUCACAGCCUCACUGCCCUCUUUCACUUUGGGUACACGACGUGGAAGCAGCUGAUGCAUGGCACGCAGAGUGCAUGGGGGAUGGAGUCUGUGGAGGAUGUAUCUCCAGGCCACAUUGCAGAGGAGGAGGAAAGGCAACUCCAGGAGGCACCUCGAGAUGAACUGCCAUGGGGGGAUACAGAAGCAUGCGCUGGUGUCCAUUUGUCCUCCAGUCCCAGCUGUUCUGCAGCCGCACCAGAGGAAGUGCGGACCCCCGAGCAACUGAUCGUCUUGGCUCGGGCGGCUGCGGAGGGCGAACGAUUGCGGCAGGCGGCUGAACUAUGUAUAGAGGGUUUGGACUUGCUGUGGUCUAAGCUGUGCCGUCCAGUGCCAGUCCCUGCCCGUUCGGUGAGCCUUGCAAGCAGCAGCUCAUGUUCAGCCCCUGUUCAGACUUCAGCUUCGAUUUGGCGCUUCCGGGCGAGACCUGCGGAGGGUGCAACUGGAGAUGUGCUGGUUCCUGAAGAGUCUUCCGGCAUAGUGUGUGAACUGCUGUGCGUCAGGGCCAGUGCCUACGCCCAGAUGCAGCAAUAUGCUGAUGCCCUGGUGGACGCAGAGACGGUGAGCGGGAUCCAACCAACCUGCGCUUCUGGCUACUACUGGCAGUGUGUCGCGCUUCAAGGAAUGGGUCGCGAGCAGGAAGCACUGGAAGCAUUGAUGUCGGCAUUGGAAUAUGAGCCUCAGAACGGAUUCUACCAGCAGUUGCUCACGGCCCUCUUCGAAGACAUUUCGGAGAACACGGGACGUGAAGGUAGCCAGAAAGGAAGCCGCCAAGACUCUGUUUGGAGCCU